AUGGUGAUUAAAUCGAACGAUCGCUUAGUUCGGAUCAUGUCAAACCUUGCAAAUUAUUAAUAUUGUUAUAUUUUGUUCUCAAAUGGUUAAUGUUAACAACAUCAGCAUUACGUAACUAUGUGUAUUUAGUGUGUAUUAGCCUUACUUGUAGAUUUCAAUUUCUGUAGCCACUCCGCAGUCCGAAGUCUUUUGCUUUUGACUACGGAUGAAUCUCCAGUUGUCACUGAUGAUUGUCAUUUGGACCGUCACCAUUCUGGAUUACAAUCCACCAUCAAAAUGAUAAGUUUAAUUAUUCCAGCUGCUGUGAGAAAAGGCCAUAAAUGAUCCACUGCCUGCAGCAUCCCCACAUGUCAUAUAGCCUACUAGCUGGGACUCCUUCUUCAUGUAAACAGACGUGAUGUAAUGACGCAAAGACGAACGGCUGCAUGCUCGAAUUUCCCGCGGAAUCCCACCAGUACCACUCGAAUUAAAACAUCAUUACAAGCCAUUGUACCAUUGUGAAUCGGGCUAAGGUAAGGAUAUAGUUUUGAACACGGCUGGUUACACUUGCUCAAAAAUUGAUUUUGGAUCAUUUUUAACCAAAAAAAGUUAUGGACUGCAGCUUUAAAAUAUCUUGAUCUUGUUCAGUUCCGUUGUACAGAAAAGAGCAGCUCAUACAUUCCUCAUUGCAUCUCCGUUUGUGUUCCACAGGAUGAAAAUAAUAUACUAUUGACGUGUUUGGGUGUCCACAUACUUUUGACUAUCAAAAGUCAAGCCACACCUCUCUCAUUUGAGGUGUGUGUGUGUGUGUGUGUGUGUUGAUGUGAGGGUAAAACUCUUCUUCCACUUGUUGCUGAAGUUGCUCGUCUCAGUUCCAUGAAGCCCUUUCACUUAGCAGAUGCGGAGCACGAGCUCUCCCGAUGUCUGACGAAGGCGAGGGGCUCCGUGCCUCCUCUUCCUCCCUCUCCCCGCCCUCCUCCCCCUCUUCUCCCGCUUCUGCCGGUCAGACUCAUCUCCCUCAGCCGCCAAGACCCCUGAAGCGGCGGGCAUCUGCUCCACUUCCACGCACGGACCACCGGGACACGCGAUCCAGAGACGCGUCUCCCCGCGAUCCGCUGGAGUUGAUCGGGCGCUCGCCGGCGCAUCUCGGGCGAUGCUGCGGCGCGUCUCCGGUGCGCGACGGUCUCCAGAACCGCGGACAGCGGCGGCACUCCCCGCACAGACCCGAUCAUGAGACCCGCAGCCCGGAGGAGUUGAUCGAGACCCCGCACAGCUGCGCUCCACCUCACGCGUCAGAGGUCAUGCAUCGCAGGCACACCACCCUGCGAGAGAAGGGCCGUCGGCAGGCCAUCCGAGGCCCAGCCUACAUGUUCAAUGAACGUGGCACCAGCCUCACGGCGGAGGAGGAGCGUUUUCUCGACGCUGCGGAGUACGGCAACAUUCCUGUUGUCCGCAAGAUGCUGGAUGAGUCCAAAACACUCAACUUCAACUGUGUGGACUACAUGGGUCAAAACGCGUUGCAGCUGGCAGUCGGGAACGAGCACCUGGAGGUCACAGAGCUCCUCCUGAAGAAAGACGGAAUGGCGCGCGUGGGCGACGCACUUCUUUUGGCGAUCAGCAAAGGCUACGUGCGAAUCGUGGAGGCCAUACUGGCUCAUCCAGCAUUCGCGGGUGGUUUGAGAUUGACAUUGAGCCCGCUGGAGCAGGAACUGAGGGAUGAUGACUUCUACGCUUACGACGAGGACGGGACACGUUUUUCGCACGACGUGACACCGGUGAUUCUGGCCGCGCACUGUCAGGAGUACGAGAUCGUACACAUCCUGCUGAUGAAAGGCGCCAGGAUCGAGCGGCCGCAUGACUACUUCUGCAAGUGCUACGAGUGCACGGAGAAACAGAGACGCGACUCUUUCAGUCACUCGAGAUCGCGCAUGAACGCAUACAAAGGGCUCGCCAGCGCCGCCUACCUGUCGCUGUCCAGCGAAGAUCCCGUACUGACGGCUCUGGAGCUCAGCAACGAACUCGCACGACUCGCCAACAUAGAGACAGAGUUUAAGAAUGACUACAGGAAGUUGUCUAUGCAGUGUAAGGACUUUGUGGUGGGUGUUCUGGAUCUUUGCCGUGACACAGAAGAAGUGGAGGCCAUUCUGAACGGUGACGUGGACCAGAUCCCUCCUGCAGAACAACAGAGACCCUGUCUGAGCCGCAUCAAACUCGCCAUCAAAUAUGAAGUCAAAAAGUUUGUGGCUCAUCCAAACUGCCAGCAGCAGCUGCUGACGAUCUGGUACGAGAAUCUGUCGGGUCUGCGGCAGCAGUCCAUCGGUGUGAAGUGUUUGACAGUUCUGGGCGUAACUGUCGGACUGCCUUUCCUCGCCAUCGCCUACUGGAUCAUGCCCUGUAGCAAGUUGGGUCAGAUAUUACGGAGUCCCUUCAUGAAGUUUGUCGCUCACGCCGUGUCGUUCACCAUCUUUCUGGGUCUGUUGAUUCUGAACGCGUCAGACCGAUUCGAGGGUGUGAAGAACCUCCCCAACGAGACCAUAACGGACCAUCCGCGACAGGUGUUCCGUGUCAAGACCACACAGUUCUCCUGGACCGAGCUCCUCAUCAUGAAAUGGGUUCUGGGUAUGAUCUGGUCGGAGUGUAAGGAGAUCUGGGUCGACGGUCCGCGCGAGUACGUCAUGCACCUGUGGAACGUUUUAGACUUUGGGAUGCUGUCGAUCUUCGUGGCCUCCUUCACUGCUCGUCUCAUGGCGUUCCUCAAGGCGUCUAAAGCUCAGCUCUAUGUCGACCUGCACGUUCCCAACCGCGACAUUAGCAACGCAUCACUUCCUGCGGACGUCGCCUACUUCACAUAUGCGAGGAACAGGUGGAGGCCGUCGGAUCCUCAGAUCAUCUCCGAGGGUCUGUACGCCAUCGCUGUGGUCCUGAGCUUCUCUCGUAUCGCCUACAUCCUCCCGGCCAACGAGAGCUUCGGGCCGCUCCAGAUCUCCCUGGGCCGUACGGUCAAGGACAUCUUCAAGUUCAUGGUCAUCUUCAUCAUGGUCUUCGUGGCGUUUAUGAUCGGCAUGUUCAACCUGUACUCGUAUUAUCUGGGGGCCAAAUAUAACCCCGCCUUCACCACGGUUGAGGAGAGCUUCAAGACUCUGUUCUGGUCCAUAUUUGGGCUCUCAGAGGUGAUUUCUGUGGUUCUGAAGUAUGAUCAUAAGUUCAUUGAGAACAUUGGUUACGUGCUGUACGGGGUUUAUAAUGUCACGAUGGUGGUGGUUCUUCUCAACAUGCUGAUCGCCAUGAUCAACAGCUCCUACCAGGAAAUAGAGGAAGACGCUGAUGUGGAGUGGAAGUUUGCUCGUGCUAAACUCUGGUUGUCGUAUUUCGAUGAGGGACGGACGUUGCCUGCUCCGUUUAACCUGGUGCCCACCCCGAAAUCCUUCUACUACCUGAUCGUCCGGGUCAAGUCCUGCCUUAUACAACUGUGUAAGGGCAAAGGUCAUCACCAUGACAAUGAGCUGGAGAUGGGCAUGCUCAAUUCACGGCCGAAGGCUGAUCGUCAUCGAGCAAAUCUCAGGAGCCGAGAGGAGAACACCUUCAAGAAACCCAUCAAAAACCCCACAAGAUAUCAGAAGAUAAUGAAGCGUUUGAUUAAGCGCUAUGUUUUGAAGGCUCAGGUCGACAGAGAGAAUGAUGAAGUCAAUGAAGGUGAACUGAAGGAAAUAAAACAGGACAUCUCCAGUCUGCGCUACGAGCUUCUGGAAGAGAAAUCUCAGGCCACUGGAGAACUGGCUGACCUCAUUCAACAGCUCAGCGACAAGUUCGGCAGGAACGCCAAGAAACAACCUUGAGACAGAAAGACUGACAGACGGGGAGAGAGAGAGACACAGUUUACGUGACAAAGUAUCAAGUAUAAAGUAGUUUAGGAAAAGUAUCUCCACACUUGAGACACUUAAAAAUGUCUGAAUGUCAUUCAUCAGUCACAAAAUAUCAAAUCAAGUGUCACUUAAAGAGUUAGUUCACCCCAAAAAAUUAAAUUUCUGUCAUUAAGUACUCACCCUUUAGUACCUUUCUGAACCUCAAAAGAUACAAUGAGGUUGCUGCCUAUGUGUGGAUCAGAUAACCUCGGAUUUCAUCAAAAAUAUCUUAAAUUUGUGUUCUGAAGACAAACGAAGGUCUUACAAGCUUGGGACGACAUGAGGGUGAGUACUUCAUGACAGAAAUUUCAGUUUUGGGUGAACCCUUUAAUAUAAUGAAAGAUACAUAAACACUAGGGGUGUGACAAGAUCUCGUGCCGCAAGAUUAAAAUGUGACGAGAUUUCUCAUUGAGGUGAAAAGCUGUCUUGUGAUACUGCCAUGAUGGAGUGUGAGGGUAGUGCCACUGCUACGUUUACAUUACGCCUCCACUGUCGUUUUGCUUUUUAUAGAAAUAAAAACCAUUUGACGUGCAGCAGAGUAGUACGUAGUGCAGCAGGAAUCAGAGUUCACUGAUCAUGUGACGAGAGUAAGUAUCGAGAUGACUGACAAGACCAUGGCGGAGGAUUCGUUGCACAACAGAGCCUAAGCGUCUGACAAAUGUCUUAUCUUGUAGAAUGCGCGCUCAGCACCGCCGCUCCCUCACAGAGUACUCAAAGCAGAACUGAAAUGACAUUCAUUAGAAGAUGAUUACUUAAAAUAUUUCAAAUGCACCCGCAGACUAUUUUUCUGCUCAUGUAUUUCGUCAUUGAGGAUUUCUUAAAAAUACUGUGUAAAAAUCUUGUCUCGCUCUCAUGAACUCAAUCUUGUGUCUCAUCUUGUGAGCUACCCGUCUCGUCACACCUCUAAUAAACACACUUCACAAGCAAAACAGCUGACAGACGGACGUUUGUAUGGUUUAAAAUGCUAAAACAGUAGAUCAGUAGUAGAACAGUAGUGUUAAAAAUGAAGACAGACAGUAUUGUUUUUUAGUUUGUUAAUACUGAUAGUGAAUGUGAUACUCAAACUGACUUCAUACAUCCAUUAAACGGUGUAGAAAUAAUGCUCUCUCACAAAUUGCUAGUAAAUUUCACAAUUAAUUACAAAGAGAAGCCACAUGGAAUUAAACAUGAAAUUUUGAAGUAGACUGAAAUUGUAUUUUCUUGUAAAAUGUACUCCAGUGAUUUUCAAUCCAAUUUUAAAAAAUAUUUUUACACUUCAUCAAGUGAAUCACAUUCAGACAUUUUUAAUGUUAGUAAAUGAUGGAUGUUGCAACAUUGAAGCAAAAAAAGAGUAGUGAAACAGCUUUAUUUCCCCAGACUGAUUCGAUUACAUCACUAGUCAGAUUGAAUGUUGUAAUGGUGUGAAUAAUCUCAGAGAUGAUUCCUCUUUCUGGAGGAAGUGAGUGAAUGGGAAAAGACUGUGAUCAGUGACUGUUACAGCAGAAGUUGAUGUCAAUUCACUCAGAUACUGAACAUCGUCCUGAGGAGAGAGUGAGAGAUGAGGAAAAACAGAGAGUGAGAUAUAAACGGAGACUAAACCAAUCUAACAGGCUCACAGCAGGUAUGCAGUGCAUUCUGGGAUAUCACCUCCCUUAAGAGUCAUUUCCUGUUCUGAGAUCGUAUCUCACAGGAGAGAAAUAUACAGAGAAAAGGAAAACAGUAGAUGAAAACACUGUGAUGUUGCCAUUUAUGAUAUGAUUUCAUAUAAAAAUGUUUUAAUCAUUUAAGUACGAGUCAAAUUGGCAGUUAACACUGAGAAUGUACAUAAACAUCAUUUUCUCUUUACGCAUACAGGCUGUCUAAUUAACACACACACACACACACACACACACACACACACACACACACACACACACACACAAAAUAAAACCAUUUCACCCCCACAAAAAAAUAAAAUUGACAACUAAAUGCAUUUCUCUUUAAAUUCUCAUUCCUGGAAUACACAUGGAGCUUUUUAAUAUAUACACAGUUAAUAUAUUUUACAUUUUAUUGUGCAAUAUAUGAUUUUAUAUUGUUUUCUUUUGAUUUUGGUUUAUAGCACCUUGACAUUUUACUUUAAGAUGUUUUAAUAUAUUAAUAUUAUAUAUAUUUUAAUAUAUAUUUCAAUUUAAUAUAUUUUUAAUCGUAAUAUGCAUAUAUUAGAUUUCAAUUUCUUGUUUUGAUUUUGGCAUAUGGUAAAUGGCCCAGACAUGCUCUUGACCCCCCCCCCCACACACACAGGUUUGUUUUGCUAUCUUAGUGAGGACAUUCCAUAGGCGUAAUGGUUUUUAUACAAACUGUACAUUCUUUCCCCCUACACUACUCCUACCCCUAAACCUACCCAUCACAGGAAACAUUCUGCAUUUUUACAUUUUUAAUAAAACAUUGUUUAGUAUGUUUUAAAGCUAUUUUAAAUAUGAGGACUCAUGAAAUGUCCUCAUAUACGUCGUAAUACCAGUGUAAUGCCCAUGUCAUUAUACAAAUUUGUGUCCUCAUAAAUUACAAAAACGUGCACACACACACACACACACACACACACACACACACACACACACACACACACACACACACAAUACAGUAUUUGUAGCUUUUAUUGAAGAUUUUGCCUGUAUAAAGCUCUUGCUCACAGAGACUAAAGUCAGAGAAAGAGAGCGUUUACAUGACAUGUUCACCUUUACUAGUUUUACAGUAAGAGUUAUAGAUUUAUCUGAAUGUAUUAUUUUUUGUUUCACUAACAGUAAAUGAAUUAAAUACACAGAUGAUCAGAAAGUGUAUUUUACACUUGUACAAGGAAACACAUGACUGAGCAAAAUAUUGUGCUAUUUAUAACAAAAAUUAAAAGUUUUAAAUGGUC